GCACAAUGUCUCUUGUCGUGACAAAAAACUAUCAUUACGCUUUACUUGUUGCUAUUGACGAGGGACAACACUUUGGUACUAAAACUAACUUGGAGCUGUACAUCUCAGCUCGACUUGAUAUAAAGCUACCUCCAACUGUAGACGAUCUCAUUCCACCCAAGACACGCAUCAGUACACAGACAACUUCUUUUACUCAGACACCAAAAUGGAGAACAGCCCUGAUUUACUUUAUAUCAAAAAAGUUCUUACGCACUCUAAUGAGAACACAAUCAGACAUCAAGCUUGAAAUCAUGACCGUGUCUGAAGAUAUGCAUCGUGAAAGCUUAGGACUAGUUGAAUUACCAAUAGAUCAGGCCAAACUAGUCCGCUUGAAUCGUGAAGGCAGGGAGAUGACUCAAGUCCAACAAUUUGUGAUAAAUAAAGGUGAUUGGCUACAUGUAAAGGGAGCAGGACGAGCUCAGAUCAAAGCAGGCUUAUUCAUUGUUGAAAUGAAUCACAAUACGACGCCUGCAACAAUGAAUAAAGACGUAGCUACCCCUCUGCAGUUGCCAGUCAAGACAAAUAAUCAACCAGCCAACGAGAGCGAUCCUGGAAUGGAAAUCACAGAUAUGAGCAACCUGUUUGAUGGUCAAGGUGAUGCGACAUUUUUCUCAGAUGAAGGUGAGAAUGAUAUAUUAUUCAGCAAGAGUGAUUAUAUACAGAAUGAUGAUGAAGGCGUGAUUGAAGAGGACGAAAGUCUAAACCAGUUACAAGACAAGAGCGAAUAUUUGAUUCAAGAGGAAUAUGAAGAUGAACCAUGUAUACGUGUUGAUGAAAAGCCAGAGAGAUACUGUUUUCUGUUUCGACUGAUUGAGGCCAAGUACAUGUCAUCGAUCAUGGAGAACUAUUCGAAUGUGGAAAAAGCGUUUUUACGAUAUGUGCUUGCAGAUAGAGAAUAUGAAGUCAAAGCAAACCUGUCGAAAGACAAGUGGGAAGUUGUCGAGUACCAAAAGGGAAUCCCUUUCCAAGGUUCAUUACAAAAGGUACAAGAAUGGCUAAGCUCACAUGAAAAGAUCACGGUUUACUUGAUGGUAGAGUACACAAAUGGAGAACAGGAUUACAUUGCGUACUCUGAUAUUUACCUCAAAGGACGCAAUGUGGAUAUAGUCGAGCAAACGACGAUCAUAUAUGAUAAAGAUAAAAUGUGGCAUAUUAACCAGGACAAAAUAUUUACAAAAUUGCAUUCAAAGCUUGGUUUAGUUAAAGGAUGGGAAGCGUUAGAAGAAGAUAUUUUAUGAUUAAA